CGGGUACGUUCAUUGUGCGCCUUAAACGCGCGCCAAGCGCACAGCAGCUUUAUGUGGACUAGGCUAAAUGCUAAAGUAGCCUCAGCGUUGGUCGUUCAGUCUACAUAUCCCCGAAACAAAACGUGCCAUCGCUGCGGAUAACCGGCGGUCCACGCACCCAAAAGGGAAGUACCUCUGGCCUGCAACAGCGUAGUGUUAAACAACAAACUUUGCAAUGGGCAAAAAGUCUCGCGAAGAUGACUCCUCAUCCUCUGAUGAAGAAGAAUAUGUUGUGGAGAAGGUGCUGGACAGGAGGGUGGUGAAAGGCAGAGUUGAGUUCUUCCUGAAGUGGAAAGGAUACUCGGAGAAGCACAACACAUGGGAGCCAGAGAAGAAUCUGGAUUGCCCUGAGCUUAUCUCAGAAUUCAUGAAGACCUACAAGAAAAGCAGUAGCACCAGUGGAAGCUCAACGCCUAGCAGUGGGGGCAAAACAGGCAUGCCCUCCUCAGGACGACCCAAAGACUCAAGUAGCUCAAAGAAGAGAAGCUCAGAUGAUGAGGAGGAGGAAGGUGGAAGUAAAUCAAAAAAGAAAAAGGAGGAUGACAUUCUUGUUGCGCGUGGAUUUGAAAGAGGACUUGAGCCAGAGAAGAUCAUCGGAGCAACUGACUCUUGUGGGGACCUAAUGUUUCUUAUGAAGUGGAAAGAUUCUGAUGAGGCUGAUCUUGUGCUUGCCAAGGAGGCUAAUCAUAAGUGCCCUCAAAUCGUCAUAGCCUUUUAUGAGGAACGUCUCACCUGGCAUGAAGACGGUGACAAGAAGGAGAAGGACGCUGUCAGUGCAUGAGUGUGUUACCUCAGGAGGAAAUGGGACCUCCUGUCCUCUUCUGCAGGGACAAGCUUGAUUCAGACAUUUUUCACACCCAACCUCCCACCGCUCCUUUUUACCAUGUCCAACAACAGAGCACAAGGGCCCCAGACUGCUGAGAUGAAUCCAUCUGACAGGAGGAAAAGCUAUAGGGGACAAGGGUGAAAUGUUACUGGGGGAGGGUUCCUGCUGUUCUGUCUGUAUUCUUUUACCAUCUUUUUUUUAAUGUCAUUACACAUCUUAUUUUAGUUCUUACAGGAUGUGAUUUAAGUUGGUAAUUAUGCAUCUUCAUGUGCAGGUGGUCAUGUCUAAAGAAAAUAGUCUUGAGGGCUAGCGUUGGUACAAACUGGGCAUGAGCUUGUCCUCAAUGGGUGCACAAUUCCUGACCAAAUUCAAGCAGUGCACCCCCCUACAUUCAAGAACCCAGUUAUGAGCCUGUAGUAUUGAUAUUCAGUAAAGCCACAGCAGCAUUUUCUCACUGUAUAAUCACCUCCUUUUUUUUUUUUUUUUUCGUAGAUUUUCGAUUUGUACCGUCUCCUGGGGUAUAGUAACUUUUAAGUUUGCAAAAUUGCAGGGGACACCGGCCAAUCAUUGUCCAAUAAUGUAGUGAUGAUAUCCUUCAUUUUAUAAAUGUGUUUUGGUUUUUUUUUAAUCCAAGUUUUUAUGAAUUGUAAGGUGUGUUUUUAAUUUCUUUAUGCUAUCACCAGUUGACGAAAAGGACAAUAAAACAGUUCACAGAGUUUUGUACCUGGUU